CUCCCAGGCAACGCCAGGGUUGUGUUGUCCCAUGCACUGUGCUUUAUUAGUAAUCCUGGGUACUUGUGUGAAGUCCUUGCCCUGCUGGGACGGCGAGGGGCAGUGGAGCAGAAGGGAACGGGCUUUGUCCCCCCGCCCAGCCCCGGGGGCGGUGCGGCACGGCCGGAGAUCCCAACCCACCACCAGCACAGCCCUCGCUCCUCAUCUGGCAUCCAGGAGGUGCAGGGCAGAGUCAUCCCUCUGGGCUUGCGGGGUCCUGGUGCUAUGCAGGGCCUGCUGCUCUGGGGGGGCUGGCUGCUGGCCACCAGCUGCCUGGUGGGUGCCACGGGCAGCUGCCGGCACCGCUGCUGCCCGGGCAGGAACAACGUGUGCUGGGCCCCCAGUGCCCGCCGGGCUCACUGCUACUGUGACUCGUACUGCCAGAGGACUGGGGACUGCUGCCAGGACUACCACACCACGUGCCGCCGCGCCGCUGUGGGCUGCUCGGUGGGGCCCUGGGGGCCGUGGAGUGGGUGCAGCUCCCCGUGCGGGGUCGGCAGCAGGGCCCGCAGCCGCCAGGUCACCGUCCCGCCCCGGCACGGAGGGGAGCCCUGUCCUGACCUCAAGCAGCGCCGCGGCUGCCUGGGGGAGCACCCAACCUGCGGGACAGCCAAAGAGGUAGCCAAGAUACUCCCCAAGUCCUUCAGCUGGGACUUCAGAGAUCCCUGGCGAAGAGCUGGGCUGCCACUGCUGGAGGAGCCCUCUGGGUGGGACCCCCCUGCCGUGGGCGAGGCUGGAGCCGCCGGCUGCACCGGGACAAGCAGGUGUGUGUGGAAUGCUGGGGGGACGUGUCCCACCACCGUGCCCAUUGCACUGGACAUGGGCUGCAAGGAGCCAGGUAGGUGGUAAUUUUGGGGGGGGACACGCCCAGAUGGAAGAACAUCUUUACAUAUCCCUCAGGCAUCUGUCUUUCAUGUUCUUAAUAUAUUAAUAUAUAAAACUAUUAUUAUAAUAUGCCAUAAUAUAAUAUACCGUAAUGUUAUAAGAAAAAUCAAUAAUGUGGACUAUAAAUUGACGAUAUAUAGUAUAAAAAUAAAUAUAUUUAAAUAGAAUAUUUCAGUUGGAAGGGACCUACAAUGAUAAUCUAGUACAACUGCCAAUAUGUAUUCUUAUAUGUAAUAUAAAACUACAUAUAAUUUUUAAAUUAUAUUUAAUUAUUUGUGGCACACCCCAGUUCUCAACAAUUUUCCCUUCUAGGACAUUCUGGGUGGCUGCCUCUGUGGUGGGGUGCCAGGGCUCGUGGGUACAGGAGGGGCUGCAGGAGGGUUGUGUCUGCUCCCCACCCGCUCUCAUCUUUGUGUAGGAUCUCCCUGGGAAGGUGAGCUGAGCCUCCCUAUGGCACCACUCCAUGCUGGGGAGGUGGGGGGAUGAAAUAAAAAUGUGAUGUCUUUUAUAAUUUCAUCCUUCUGCAGGUUUGCUGCUCACCCUUGUAUCCGACUCCCUGUGUUUACCAUUAAAUACUUUGUUGAAGAAUGGGAAGAAAAUCCUUCUUAUAAAGAUUAAAAAUAAGGGAAAUGCUGAAGUAUGGUGAUUAAUGGUAGAAGAACAUCACAAAGAGGUUAAAUCUGAGUGAGAAGAUGAUUGCAGCAGUGACAUGAUGUCAUGCUCGGCCAUGACAUCAUGCCAUGCAAUCAGCUGCCAUUGGCAAGCAAUAUGAGGAUGGAGCAUCUGAGAUCACUCCCUGGAGUGAAGGUUGGGUGAGCUGGGCAGGGUGACUCAGCUUUGUGCUGUGGUUUGCAGACAGGAAUUAAACAGAGACACCCAAAACCUGCACGUGGGUGAUGGUGCCAGAGGGUGUCCAGUUCCAGCUGUGGGGCUCAGCAGCUCCCACUGGAGGGAGCGAGGCUGAACUGGGUGGUGCUGGUGCCCUUCCUCAUUCAGCGUGACGUGACCUCACUGGUGGGGUCCCUGGUCCAGCCUUGGCCUGUAGUACCACAGCCUGUGGUGGCAGGAUGUGCUGUGCCAGGGCUGGCUCUUGCCAGGCUGGCCUAGGGAGGAGGGAGCCCAAGGUGGGGACAGCCCUAGGUCUGGAGGUGGGAAGGAGAGGGCAGCUCAUGGAAUAGCUGCCCCAGCCUCAUCCAAUGGGACUCUGGCUGCAGGGUGGCAACCAGCACCCAUCCCCAGGAGGAACAGACUGUCUCUGUCCCCACAGUGGGGACUGUGGCCCUGGGCAGUCCCAGUGCCUGCAGAGGACUGUCAGUUGCCCAGCUCUCUGUGGAAUGUAAUGAGGAGGGUUCAGCCAGGCAUUGGGUUGUCACCUACCCAUCAGCUGCCUAUGGCCAUGAGCCAGGGUGGCCUGUAGGGCUGGGGGCUUGAGUGGGGGGCUUAGGAUUUGAGGUUCCCUCGCUGCAGCCAAUGGCUGUUGCCUGUUUGCUGCCCCAGGAUGUGUUUGGCUCCUGCUGCCUGUUACAGCUCCCUCUCACCCCAUCCUCCUGGGCAGGGAAAUUAAAAGGCUUCAACACUG